UUUUCCUCUGUCAUUUCCUGUCAACGCUCUUAUUUUGGUUCUGUUUCCUGUUUCUCCCUGAGUGCUGUGUCCCUUCAGCUGUGGCUGAUUGGCACCUGGCCACACCUGGUGUCAAUCAGCCAGCUGCUAUUUAUACCUGCCCUACCCUCCAGUCACUGCUGGAUCAUUGUCACUACUACCUGUCUUAACACGUGUCGUUGUAGCUCUGACUACUUUUGGUUUCACUCUGCUCAUGUCCUAGUUCCUUCGUGUCACAGUCUUCAGGCAUCAAGGAGAGGAGCUUUAAAGGAACCCGGAGGAGCUGCAGGCAAGACUAUGGGUUUCCUAGAACUUAUUUGUCUACUGCUUUGUGCGGCUUUCUAUCCGGCAAGCAGCGAUUUGCACAAAUGGACCAAGCAGAACCUUCCAAUGCUGAUGGAUCGACACACCGAACUUCAAACAAAAACUUUGUUCAGAACCUCAAAGCAGGAUGCAGAUGGAAACGCUGUGGAGACACUAUGCGGGAUAGAAUGUCAAAGACGCCUACCGGACUUAACUCCGAACGAACAAGAGAGGAUUCUAGGCUACGAAACCAUGUACGAGAAUGGCACGUGUACACGCACUGAUGUCAUACUGCAGGGUUUCAACCCAAUGAGACCACCUGAGAACGUUCCAGCUCGCCGGAAGCGUCAGGUUUACGGACCCGAUGGACGUUUUGUCAUUGCAGACUCACAGUUCAUCACCAACUACCCCUUCUCCACCUCUGUGCGCCUGUCCACCGGCUGUUCAGGGGUCCUAGUCUCCCCAAAGCAUGUGCUGACGGCGGCUCACUGCAUCCAUGAUGGCAGCUUUUACCUGGAUGGUGCUCAACAGCUAAAAGUAGGAGUGCUACAACUCAGAAAUAAAAGUGGGGGUAGGAGAAGAAGGAGGCGAACGAGGACUGCUAUGAAAGGAAACAGGAAAAAAAUGGAGAAUGAAGAAAAGCAGGGUAGCAUUGAUGGAGAUUUAAUCAGAGGGCAACAAGGCGGCAUGGUAAAAGGGGGGCAAAGGAGGACAAGAGUCAGUCGCCUAAAGAGGAAGCCUGUCUUUCGCUGGACACGAAUCAAGCAAACGCACAUCCCUCAAGGUUGGAUUCACUCCAAGAACUCCACUGCUUCCUUGGCUGCCGACUACAACUACGCUCUCCUGGAGCUCAAACGACCUGUCAAACAGAAGUACAUGGAGAUCGGUGUGGCGCCCCCCACCCUCCUCCCAUCCCGGAUCCACUUUUCAGGCUACGACGAUGACAAAAAUCUGCUGGCCAGCCUUGGGGGUGAGAAGGUGGUCUACCGCUUUUGCUCGGUAGCCAAGGAGUCAGACGAUUUGAUGUACCAGCAUUGUGACGCUCGGCAGGGUGCCACGGGAGCCGGUGUUUACAUUCGCUUGAGACAAGACGGUGGAAAAGGGAAGUGGCAGCGGAAGGUGAUUGGGGUGUUCUCUGGCCAUCACUGGGUGAAGGUGGAUGACGGCGAGCAGAGGGACUUUAAUGUGGCAGUGAGGAUAACUCCUGUAAAAUACGCCCAGAUCUGCCACUGGAUCCAUGGAGACCUGAGUCACUGCAGGGCCGUUUGAAUGACAGUUUUAAAGGACUUCUUGUAAAACCAAUUUUGUCCAUUUUUUUUUACACAAAUUAUAGACUACUCAGGCUGCUUUUAACUUUUGUUCUCUUUCUCCACUCCUGGUCAGUUUGUCAGACCUCUAUGCCGGGUAAAGCAUCGUAACUUUAAGUGUACAUGCAGAAACAAAAGACCAAUUGUCACUUUUGAAUAGUCAUACAGUACGAUGAUUGGUCAGGAUUUUGGUCUGCUCCAAAAAUGAUAUUGGCCAAAUUACAAGCAGAUUUCUGUUUCUCCUAAUUUUCGCUUUUAGGUUUAAGAGUACAGUGUACGGAAAUGAUGUUAUGGAGUUCCGUUGUUGUGCACCACUGAAUUUACACCUGUCUAUUUCUUUAUUUUGUUGCACAGCUCAAGGCCCCAUGUCUCCAAGCGGGUUUAUGGGGGUAAACUAGAGUUUAAUUCAAACGAACCAAAGCGUACCCGUGUAAAAGCAUUCUUAAAACUAUUGCAAAUAUUGGUCAUUGGUCUUAGACCUUCCACAGUGUUUUACCAAUGUUCCCAUAAUGUGGUAAAACUUUGUACAGUAGUCUGGUCAUGGUCUAUUAAAACUACGCUGAAUGGGUCAACAUAGUGUUUAGUAUUCAACACGUUCCGGGUCAUAGGAGUUAACCGAUGGCAAUGUUUCAUCAACCAACGGAAAAGACUGUAUGCAGAUAAGUGAGGAGCCGUGAGGGUAGUUUGUGUCAGUGUAUUUGUAUUUUAUUGCAUCUCAUAUGGGAGACUCACAUGCAAGUUGAACAGGGAGGGAGGAAGGAAGGAAGUGGGGUGGCCAUUCUCAGAAAAACUACACAGCUGUCACAGAAAAUACUGAGCAAACAUUUAUCCACAUUCUUUUUGUAUGUAAAUGUCAUUGUCGUCUUUAUUUUCCUUUUCAACACGUUAAAUGCCACAAUGAGAUUACGAUGCAGUCACUUUUUUGGGAAAUAAACAACACAGAAGAACAUCCAGCGUAUGUAUACUUGAGGGCUUUACAGUGAGUCUUCCCAGUCAACAAAUGUACCGCACGGCGUCCAAUUGCAUGCAUCGAUGCAAGUAUGUCUCAAAAAACCUGUUUGGAGACCAAAAACGAAGGAAGGCCGGACCUGUCUCCAUGCAUCCACACCAGCAGAGGGCGCCACACCACAAUGUUUUUGUUCAAUACUGUACUGACUGUACCAGACUGAUAGUUUUUUUUAUUUUCAAAAGUCAUGCUUCUCCCUCAAUAUGUAACUAAAAUAUAUGGUAUUUUUUCAUCAACAAAAUAAAUAAAAUAUGUAGACUAUGUCUUAAAAA